AUGAUUGUCAUUAACAUGAAGAUGUUACAUAGAAUCCGCUGGUUUGUCUACUCUUCAUCAUGGGUUUUGUGCACAGUAGCUGUACAAGUCUGUGACUCUUUGGACUCCAACGUAGGUUGCAACCUACCUAUUGAAAACACUAGUGGAUUUCUGAGCCAACCUGGAGACAUUAUUAUUGGGGGAACUUUUCCACUUCAUUUGGAUAGAGUCUACCACAACAAUAAUUUCACAGAAACCCCACCAAAAAUCCAAUGUCAGAUGUUUAGCCUAGAGCAUUUCCAAAGUAUGCAAGCUCUAAUAUUCGCUGUGGAAGAGAUUAACGCUGACCCCAAACUCCUCCUCAAUAUUACUCUGGGUUUCCAGAUAUUCGACACUUGUAUUACGUUACGGCAGGCAGUGCAUGGGGCUCUUUGGAUACUUUCAGGAGGACAAGACAUCACACCGAAUUAUCAGUGUCAUAAAGAGGCACCUCUUGCAGGUAUUAUUGGUGACUCUGGGUCCACACAAUCAAUUCUUCUAGCUCAACUAUUGGGAUUGUACAGAUACCCUCAAAUCAGUUAUUUGGCAACUAGUCCUAUUCUUAGCAAUCGCUAUCUAUUUCCCUCCUUUUACCGGACCAUACCUAGUGAUGAAUUUCAGAUGAGGGGGUUGGCCCAGCUGGUUUCUCAUUUUGGUUGGACUUGGUUUGGCCUUCUUGCCAGCGAUGAUGAUUAUGGUCAAUUAGGAACCCAGAUGGUAAAGCAGGCAAUAACAAAGGCUGGAGCUUGUGUGGCUUUUACUGAGAAUAUCAUAUCUGGUCUGUCACAUAGGAAUGCUCCUCAAAUUGCCGAAGUCAUUAAAAAGUCAACUGCAAAAGUGACAGUUGUCAUAGCCACUGAUCAUAGCUUUGUGAUUGUGGUGGAAGAGCUUUUGAGACAAAAUGUGACUGGGGUUAUCUGGGUAGCCAGUGAAGGCUGGGCAACAGCUGUUGUACUUUCGAAGGAAAAUUUCCGAUUCAUUUUAGAGGGUACCAUUGGAUUUGCCACUCAUGCUAGACAAAUAUCCAAGUUUACCAGGUACCUCCAAAGUCUUCAUCCAUCUAAAGAGCCUCAAAAUGUAUUUUUAAGGCAAUUUUGGGAACAGGCUUUUACUUGUAAAUGGCUCCGCCAGGAGGAGGUAGUUAAAGAGGCUGGAAAUGCUACAGUUCAAGCAUGCACAGGAGAUGAAAAGCUGGAGAGUCUAUUAACAGAAAAAGAUUACAGAGUAGCUCACAAAGUAUACAUGGCUGUUUAUGCCAUUGCAUGGGCUCUACAGAAUUUGCUUUACUGUACACCUGAAUCUGGUCCAUUCAGUAAUGGAAGCUGUGCCAACAUCUCUUCAUUUCACCCUUGGCAUCUUCUCCACUACAUUAAAAAUAUACAUUUUAAGACUAAAGAUGGGAGUCAAGUAUUUUUUGAUGGUAAAGGGAACCCUCCAGCCAUUUAUGACAUUGUGAACUGGCAUGUGAGUGAAGAAGGCACACUGGAGCAGAUUGUAGUCGGCAGUUAUGACUUGAAUGCUGCUGAUGGGAAGACCAUGAAAAUUAACAGCACUGCUAUCACAUGGAACAGCAAUGAAACCCAGGUUCCAGUUUCAAAGUGCAGCCCAAGCUGUUCCACAGGAUUUCGUAUAGUAACGAUUCCAGGAAAACCCCCAUGCUGCUAUGAUUGUAAUCUAUGUCCCCAAGGACAUAUUUCCAACCAAACAGAUGCUGUGGAAUGUCAUCCAUGUUCCUGGGACAUGUGGCCCAAUCUACAACAGGACAGAUGCUUACCAAGAAAUACAGAAUUCCUUUCCUAUGAAGAACCUUUGGGUUACAUUUUAGUAGCUGUUUCCAUUGUCUCUUCCCUGAUCCCACUUGCUAUUUUAGGAGUUUAUAUUUGUUAUAAGAAAACACCAAUUGUGAGAGCCAACAACUAUUCCCUUAGCUGUCUGCUUCUGUUUUCCCUGUUCCUCUGUUUCCUUUGCUCUUUAGGGUUCAUUGGUUACCCACAACCUGAAAAGUGUCUUCUGCGCCAGGUGGCAUUUGGGAUGGUUUUUGCUCUUUGUAUUUCUUGUGUUCUGGCCAAAACCAUCACUGUUGUCAUUGCCUUUAAUGCAACCAAACCAGGCAGCAGGUUAAGAAAGUGGACAGGGGUAAUGGUGUCCUACUGGAUCAUUUUGUUUUGUACCUUGAUUCAGUUAUGUGUGUCUGUGAUGUGGUUGAUCUUUUCUCCUCCUUUCCCUGAACCUGACAUUAACACCAAUCCUGGAGUCAUUAUUGUAACCUGCAAUGAAGGUUCACCCACUGCUUUCUGGUGCAUGAUGGGUUACCUUGGCCUCUUGGCCACCAUCAGUUUCCUUGCCGCUUUCUUGGCCAGACGACUCCCUGACAGUUUCAAUGAAGCCAAAUUUAUCACAUUCAGUAUGUUGGCUUUCCUCAGUGUCUGGGUGUCCUUUAUCCCAGCCUAUCUCAGUGCACGGGGCAUGUAUACUGUGGCAAUGGAGGUCUUUGCCAUUCUGUCUUCCAGUUGGGCUGUGGUGAUCUGUAUCUUUGUACCAAAGUGUUUUAUUGUAUUGUUUAGACCCAACAUGAACUCAAGGGAACAUCUCCUGGGCAGAGACAGAGGUCAAAAAUUAAAAAAUAAAAUCCCAAACAAUAUCCCAAAAUAA